AUGGCCUCCACUGACCCCACCAACGAUGAACUUCACCUUGAAGGUGACCCCGCGCCUGAGUUGCUGGAGGGUCGUAUCUGGGUCGAUGGCUGCUUUGACUUUUUCCACCACGGCCAUGCUGGUGCCAUCGUCCAGGCUCGUCAGCUUGGCACCGAGCUUUACGCUGGCGUCCACUCGGAUGAGGCCAUCCUCGCCAACAAAGGUCCCACUGUCAUGACCCUCGAAGAACGUCUUGCUGCCACAGACGCCUGCCGAUGGGUAACGCGUUCAGUCGGUCAUGCACCUUACGUCACCUCACUCCCCUACAUCACUCACUACGGCUGCAAGUAUGUCGUUCACGGCGACGACAUCACCUCCGAUAGCGAUGGAAACGACUGCUACCGCUUCGUCAAGGAGGCGGGUCGGUUCAAGGUUGUUAAGCGCUCUCCUGGCAUCUCCACCACCGACCUCGUCGGUCGCAUGCUUCUGUGCACCAGGACGCAUUUCAUCAAGUCCCUUGAGAAGAAGCUCGCCGGUCAAGAGGGCCACGGCACCGAAGAGGAGCGUAUCGCUGAAGGAAAAGCUAUGCUGGAGCGCAUGCGGCUCUACGCCACUGACGAGUCUGGCAAGGCCCCCGGCGUCGAUGUCUGGCAAUGGAAGGCCUCCAGGGAAGCCAAGGCCGAAGACGGUGAGGAAGAAAAGGGUGUCUUCAGCCAAUUAAUCGAAGGACCUGGUCCCAAGCCCGGCCAGCGCGUCGUCUACGUCGAUGGCGGAUACGACCUCUUCUCCAGUGGCCACAUCGAGUUUCUCCGAAAGGUACUUCUCCAGGAGGAGGAGCUUGCGCGAGAGGAGGGUUGGUACUCUGAGCAGGCUGUCAAUGAGCGCAAGGGCAAGGGCGAGGAUUAUCCUCCUGCCUACGUCGUUUACAUCAACGCUGUCGUCUUUGGCGCCCCGUUUACCCCCACCGAGAGCUACCUCUGCUCAUUACCGCGCGGCCUCCCAGACGCCGUCUACCACGGUCCCACGUCCUUCAUCCCUCUCACCUACGACCCCUACACGGCACCCAAAGCCAUGGGCAUCUACCGCGAAAUCGGAGACCACACUUUCGCACACGUCAACGCCGGCGAGAUUGUCCAGCGCAUCAUGAAGAGCCGCGACAUGUACGAAGCGCGACAGAGAGCCAAGGGCAUGAAGGCCGAAGUCGAGGCAGCGGCACGCGAGCGUGAGAUUCUUGAGGAGGAGCAACGUCAGAAGGAGGCCGAGAGGGCGUGA